CCAAAACAAGGAAGUAGAAGGAAACAUGUGAAGUAGCGAUGUUAGCGUUAUACCUUGACUGAAGUCUUAUUUAAAAUACACCAGUUAUGUGAAGUAGUAUGAGUAGAAUUUCAUAAUUUGUUUAGUAUUUAUUGGAACCUGGAUAUUUUGGUAUAAAUAAUGAUUGUUUGCUAGCUAGUAGUGAGCUGAUUUGGAAAUUCUUUAGCGUUCUUUAUAUAUUUUUAGAGUAAUGAAGUGGUUCAGGUUUCCAGCUCGACACGGCUAUGCGGUGGAAAUAUCCCCGUUUCUCCCCAACAUACUGGCUUGUGCUACAGCUCAGUAUUACGGCAUAGCAGGAUGUGGAACGCUGCUAGUGCUGGAGCAAAGGGAAUCGGAUAUUGUGCUGAUGAGAAGCUUUGAUUGGAACGAUGGGCUCUUUGACGUGACGUGGAGCGAGAACAACGAGCAUGUGCUGGUGACUGGAGCCGGUGAUGGCUCAUUGCAGAUUUGGGACACAGCCAACCCACAAGGGCCUAUCCGAGUACUGAAGGAGCACACUCAAGAGGUGUAUGCGGUGGAUUGGAGCCAGACGCGGACCGAGAACCUGGUAGUGUCAGGAUCCUGGGAUCAUACAGCCAAAGUGUGGGAUCCAGAGCGCCCUCAGUCCGUGUGCACACUUCAGGGGCACGAGGGAGUCAUAUACAGCACCAUCUGGUCUCCACAUAUCCCAGCCUGCUUCGCCUCAGCCUCAGGAGAUGGCACGCUGAGAGUUUGGGACGUAAAAGCAGGCUCCUGUCGACUGGCUAUUCCGGCACACAAAGCCGAGAUCCUUAGCUGCGAUUGGUGCAAAUAUGACCAGAACGUGUUGGCAACGGGAGCCGUUGACUGCAGCGUGUGUGUAUGGGAUCUACGCAAUGUCCGGCAGCCUGUAGCUCAAAUGCUGGGCCAUUCCUAUGCCGUCCGGAGAAUAAAGUUCUCACCGUUUUACAAGACCGUGCUGGCGUCCUGCUCCUACGACUUCACAGUCAGGGUCUGGGAUUUCUCCAGGAGUCCGCCGCUGCUCGACACCAUGGAGCACCACUCGGAGUUCGUGUGUGGCCUGGACUUCGACCUGCACAUCCCUAACCAGAUGGUGGACUGUUCCUGGGAUGAGACGGUAAAAAUCUACACCCCUCCAGGUCUGACUGCUAUGCAACCCAGCUCAGCGUAAAGAGGAGAUAACAUCCUGUCUGCAGCGAGGCUUCGAGUCGAGAAGUUUGCCACUGUGCUUUUCCUAAAGGUGGAAGAUCCCCCACGUGGGAAAUACAGUAUGAAACAGAUUCUGAUGAGUUUUAGAGCAUCUUCUUAUCAGUGUGAACCUGAAACCUGGAUUAGUCAGUUUGGAAAUCUGUGUGUCGCGUGAAGUUUCACCAGAAAGACACUUUACUGGUCCGUAUGUAGGUUCAGAGUCCUUGCUGAAGGUUGAUGCUAAGCUGGGUGAAAUUUAGACUCCUAAUGACUGAGCCAUGAUACUGGUGAUGAUAUCAUUUAGAAAGUGAUUCAUACAAAUAACAAUUAAUUUUUAAUAGGUGAAAAAAAUGGUAGAUUCUACAUUACUUUUAUGCAGUGGUCUGAAUAAAAAUAAUUUUAUAUGGUAAAAUAUUGACAUUUUGUAUACGUAUACUAGACUUAAUUAAACUGAAAUUUAAUAUGUUUCUAUUUUGCGUGUGCCUCAGCAAUUUCAAGUCUGGAGCAAGGCAGAUAUUUCUGCGGUCUGUGUUUGAUUACAAACUGAACCAAGUAGGUUUACGUCUGUGUUCUAGCCACUGUUUUUACCACAGCUUUUCGGUUAGCAGUUCAUAAGUCGUUAAGAGUCGCUAACAGGAACCGCAGGGUUCUAAUUCAGCACUGCUUUUCACUGUGGGGAAAGCUCAAGCUUACAAAUAAACGAUCAGAUCUUG